AUGACUCAUAGAGUGCAAGGAAAGACCACGCAACAAAUAUUGAACAAUGCCACUUCACAAGACUUCAACUCGAGCCCCCCGGCUGGAUCCGACCAUGAUCUCCGCUCCUCUCGCCCAAGCACAGCUGAAACAGAGAGCUCGGAAAUCUCGCCUUCACUUGUUGAAAACACCAGUAAUGCCAACCACGUGAAUGCCGACCAUGUGGAUACCAAUGAAGCCUUGCAUUCAGAGUCCGUGUCGUCAUUCACGUUAGAUCUCGACUUGGAUCUUGGCCCGUCUAUGCUGGGAGAUGUGUUAGGAGUGAUGGACGGUUUGGGAAUGGAAGAAGUGUUCAGUCCCACAAGCAACCUCUCGCCUGUGGAAAUAAAGCAGGCAAAUGGUGCCAUGGAGAGGUCUGUGGAUUUGAAAAAUGAGCUAAACGGAAAGAAAUUGCUGGAUGUGGAUGAGAACGGAGUGGAGGGAGACAGCAGAAUACCAGAUGGGAAUAGUUUCAAGCCAAAAAGUUUACGACCCAAAGUGAGGUUUAGUGACAAACGCGACGAGAUCAUACGACAGGCGUCUGAAGAGGAGGGGGGACAAGGAUUUUAUUUUCAGGAUGAAGAUGAGAUGGAGUGUUUGAGCCCCAUGGUAGGAGACAGCAAGCGAGAGAGCGGCGUUGUCAUGGGAGCUCAAAACACAGAAGUCAAACUGCCCCCAAGUCCGGCUUCAUCACACAGCUCGGAGUAUGAGGUGGUGACUGCACUGGACAGAAGGAAGGUGGACAUUUGCCACUCAGAAACUGACUCAGAGGAGGAGGAAGAAGGAAAGGGGUACACUUUUGAAGACGAAUUUGAUGAUGAAAUUGGUCUAUAG